UUCAAAGCUGCUGCUGUAGUCGUUGGCGGCCGCUGAGGAGGGAGAGGCUGGGAAAGGACGAGAUGGGGAGAGGUUAAACCGAGCCGUGAGGGAACCGAUUUCGGGUCGGGGGCGUCGUUUCUGCCUUGGGAGGGGCGGACGCGGACCGGGGGGGGGCCCACAGCGGUGAUAGGACCGGGUUGAGUCGGCGCGGGAGGAAUCGCGGCACAGAUUUUGCCGUUCACCCGGAGCGAGGUGCAAAGAAAUGGCUAGAAAACAUGAGCAUUUUGGCUUAAGCUAUUCGGAAGAAUUGCGUAUCCUUAAGGAACGUGAAAAUAUAUGCAAAGAAUCUCGACAGAAAUUUGCAAAGUUUAAACAAGCAAUUGCUGCUGUUCGUGGAGAACUGGGAAAACCCAAUUUGGAGGUUGAACCACCUGAAAGAGCCUUGUCUCAUAGGAGCUCAAGGAGCCCAUCCCCGCAUCCUGAAAGUACAAAUUCUCCUCUUGAAUCAGAUUCUUCUAAACCUCUGAAAGCAGUUAAGAUCUCCACUAGUAUUACGGAUGUAGAAGAUCAAACACAAGAUGUCACAGCUUCAGAAAAGUCAUCUAAAAAAGAGGGCAAUGUUGACAAGAAACAGUCCCCUAGUUUUAAGAAAACAACCUCAGAAUUCAAAAGUGAUAAGGUAGAAAGUGAACAUGAACAAGUUGCAGUAGCAAUAGCUUCUUUCGUAGGUACAAGCAAACAACUCACAAUGCUAAAGAAACCAGAGCCCCCACCGAAACCCAAAUAUCAAAAGAGACAUGCAAAAUCACCAUCUAAAUCUAUACAGAAAGACAGUUUGGGUAUGGAACAACUAAAGCAAAAAAUAACAUCGGAAGAAGCAGUUUCUAUAGUUGGAGGAACCAGCACUUCAAAUGUAGAUACUGAUGACGCACAUUCUGUCGUUUCUGGUUCAAGUGGAAAAUCUGGUAUGUUGAAAGAAAUUUCAAAACCAUGCUUAUUAAGUUCAAUAUUUGAUGUUGAAAUAUCAGUUAGUAAAAGAAGCAGUGGCUCAACUAGUAUGAAGUCUCCUGCAGAGGCUUUGGUAGAAAUUUCGCCAGGGAGUACAUCAAGCAUUUCAAAAGCGAGGCACAUCCCGCGAAGUAGGUCACAUCUACAGCGUUCCCUGCAAAAGAUGCCUUCUGGAAUAGCUGUAAGGUCUAUUGAUGAAAUUAUUGCAUCCCUGAAGUCUACUAUACCAACUCCCUCAGACUUGAGGAUCAAAGAGCUUGUGGAGAGUAUUCUUGGUGAGGACUACAACAUAAACAAAGAAGUAGGUGGACUUAGAAUGCGUGAAAUAUGUUUGGUUUUCUUUUUUAAAUUUGCAUAUUUUUCUCCAAAACCUACAAUGUGCUGUAACACAGAAAAAAGUAGUAUAGUAUAAAACUAAUAGAUUGA